GCGGAGAUGUUAGGUGAUGUUUCGCUGAAUUCAGUAUGAAACGAUAUUUUUACGCGACUUGAACUUUCCAUUUGCGCAUCUCUCUUACGAAUUUAUUCCUGUGUUUAUUCCUUAUUUGGUUCUGCUUCGGAGCUUCGCUCUCUUCAUCGUUCCCGGCGGAGUGGAGAUUUAUUUAAGCGAAACUACCUGGGGAUUUUUUACUCAUGGGCAAGAAGUGCGCAACUUUUACGUUAAUCACCCUCAUCGGAGCCCUGUGCCUCCUCCUGGCUCUAUUCAUAAUAUACUCAGGUAGUUAUGAGACCUGCACUAGUAAAGAAUGCGUGAAAUCUGCAAGCGAGAUGUUAACUUAUUUGGAUACAACGGUCCAAGCCUGCGACAACUUCUACGGUUUCACCUGCGGCAACUUCCAUAAGGACGUCGUCGAUGAGAACGAAUCGCUGAUGAGUUUCCUGAAGAACUCGAAACUGAAUCAGGUCCGGCUGAUGAUCGAGGAAGGGGACGUACCGAAAUGGCAACCGCUGCACAAGGUCAAAAGUUUUUAUCGGUCGUGCAUCAACGAAACGUCCAUCGAGGAGGACAAUUUGGCGAGGAUCAGAUCCGUGCUACGGGAGAUGGGCGGAUGGCCGCUCCUGGAGCGAGGCGAUUGGAGGGAUAACCUCUUCGACUGGAAACGGGCCACACAUCAAUUGAGGAAAAUCGGAUUCGAGUUCACGCCCUUCUUGCAUAUCCAAAUCGAUAUCAAUAUUUACGACUCGUCCGCACACAUCCUCAAGAUUUCCAGCGGAAUGUCCGAAUUCUUGAGCGAUAUUCAUGGAAGAUCGUACAGGGACUAUAUGACGGAGACUGCGGUUUACUUCGGCGGUGAUAGGAAUAGAGCGGAACGGGAGUCUAAGGAGGUCGCCGAGUUCGAGGAUAGAUUGCAGAAGAUCUUGAACAGGGUUAAAUAUGCAGGACCGAGCGGUCCCAGGACGCUGGCUCAAGUACAAUAUGAUUUCCCAGGAAUUCCCUGGGUCGAUUACGUCAAUGGCAUCCUCUAUCCCACUACAACCGUUACCCACGAUGAGCCGGUCACCUUUUCCGAUCUCGAGUACGUCAGGGAUUUCCACGAGCUUCUCGAAAAGACACCGAAGAGGGUUGUGGCGAACUAUAUGGCUUGGCACGUGAUACAGUCUCUGAUGCCUUACUUGCCGGAUAAGUUGAGGAGGAUCAGGGAUAAACACAAUCCGGGAAAGAAGCCUCGGACUCGCCGCGAGGACUGCAUGGAUAUAACGAGACAAUCUUUAAUACUUUCUAGUCUACCGGAGAUAAUUGAAACUUCGUACGUGCAGCGGUAUGUCUCGGACGAGGCCAAGAGGCAAAUAAAGGACAUCAUAAAGUACGUGAAGAAGGAAUACAAUAGAGUGCUCGAGAAUCUGGAUUGGCUGGACGCGGAUGCCAGACAAGUGGCCAGAGCUAAAUUGGCCAGUUCCAGGGAUUACAUAGCUUAUACCCAGGAAGCCAUACGCAGGAAGAAUCAGCAGCAGCAGCAGCAUACAGGACCACGUUUAGAAGUGCGUGCGGAUGUCGACGAAGACGGGGAUUUCCUCGGCCGAUACCUGAACGUAAGCCUACAGAAUCUCAAUAAGGAAUACAGGAGAUUAAUCGAACCCGUCCACGAGGACGAGGCCAACAACCUGAUCUACUCCAUCAAAGAGAACACCUUAGUUUUGCCCUCGUAUUAUCUGCAAGGGCUUUUCUUCAACGAGUUCCGACCGCAGUACAUGAACUUCGGAGCGUUGGGCAGUUUAAUUGCUUACGAGUUAUCGAACUUAUUCGUCGAAGGGAGACGGUACGAUUUGUAUGGAAAUUUAAGGGAAUGGUCAACGUCGCAGAGUUUACUCAAUUACGAGAACAGAGUCAAGUGCAUCGAGAGCCAAUACAGCCAACUCAACGUGCCUGGAAUCGGCAAACACGUAAAUACAAACUUGAGUAGAGAAGACGAUUUCGCUUUACUCCUUGGAAAGACAGUGGCUUUCGAGGCAUACCUGUCCUGGGCCGAAGGGCACGAGACCGAGCCUCACCUUCCCGGCCUCCAGUACAACCCUCGCCAAUUCUUCUGGAUAUCCUCAGCAAUGCCGGAAUGCUGGUCCCUGGAUACCAUGCGACCCAAUCCGAAGACGCAUCGUUCCAUCGCGCAACUAAGGGUUCUGGGUCCGUUGCGUAACAUGGAAAAAUUCGCCGGCGACUUCAGAUGCCCUUUGAACGCCCUCAUGAAUCCCGAACGCAAGUGCACCGUUAAUUAGAACGAACAAUGCCGAAGAUUUCCAUCGACCUUUUCGAGAGUGAGCAAAGAAAAAAAAAGUAAUAAUAGGGAAGAAGUGCAAACCGUGCGGAAGGCCUUCAUCAUUAUAAUAGAUCAAUCGAUGCUCACCUAUUGUUGCUGUUGUCGUCGGAAAUUUAAUUAAAAUAAAUCGAAACGUUUUUUUAAAAUUUAUUUUCUUUUACUGCAGGUCGGAAAACGCUGAAGUAGGCGCGCCCUUUGCAACUUUUGUUCCGAACUACUGACCGGAAACUUUUCGCAAUUAAAUCGCAACUCGCGCACAACUACAACUCAUCUUCAACUUCAACUCCAUUUACAUUAAUUUAUCCGCGCGCUUUAUCAACUUAUCCAGUUUCCCAUCUAUAUUAUAUAAAAUAAAUAUUAUAUAAUAUUUUUUUGUAUUCUAUUGGCGAAAAUAUUCGUUAAUAAAUUACGGAAAGCGAUAAAUUCGCGCUGAAACUGAAAAGCAAAAAAAAAGUAUUGUACAACGUGGGAAACAAAAAAAAGGAAUGACACGCACGCCCUCGUGUGGAGUGUUAUAAAACUAUUAUUGCAGCAGUAAAACCAUAAAUUACCAUUCAAAACGUCGUAAUAAACUUCGAAACGUCGCUACGUUUCGGCAUCCGGAAAAUGUUUAAUUAAAAGCUUUAAAAAAUGGAAAAAUAAAGAUGAAAUGGAUAAAAAAAAUGGGGAUGCUUUUCUUCAAUCGUAAAUAAUUUGUUGUGUUCCGAUUGAAGUGCGGUCUCUCUAUGCGAAUGGGCAGCCGCGAGGGAUGAACGAGGGGGAAAACUGAUUCAAAUGCAGAUUAAUGCAUCGCGCGUGUUCAAUUAAGAGUCAUCCCCAUCGUGUGUUCGCCGUAAAAAUGAAUGCGGAUCGCGAAAUUGGUUCGAUUGCGAAUUUGCAAACAAAAACACUGAAAAAAAAAUUGAGCUGCCGGAAAUAUGGAAAACACGAUACGAAAGCUUUUUGUUAUUGUUGUUGUCCUUUUUUUUUUCAUUUUUUUUGGGGAGAGGAGGAAUGAAUAAAACGCAGCCGAGGGUUGAAAAGAGAAGAUUUAGUUUUGCGUUGUUGGGUGUGGAGGAAUGGUGAUGGCAAAUUGUUUAGGUUUCCGGUUUUGGGUUUGGGUAAUCUCGGCGAUGCGAUAUUGUUUUCGAAUUGGUGAGGGUCGUGCUCGAGGGUAGAUCGAUUGUUAGUGCCGUAGCUGCAGGUGUGGGCAAUGUGUUAGAGUUUGCAACUGCAUAAUGUUUCUAAGGGUGGAAACUUGUAACGGUUAUGAUUAUUACUCUUUCGUGAUGAGCUGAUUUCUGCGCGGCCUCUCUGCAAUUACGGAUACCAUCCGGUUUUCCAUCUACACACAAAACAAUAUACAUAUAUAUGCAUGCAUUCGGUGGCAGCGAUUCCCAAAAUGUUGCGGUUUUCCGACUACGAUUUUCAUCGAACCUAGGUUAAUAGUUCUGGUACGUGAAUUCAUUAUCGCGCCUACUCAAUUCUAACGGCUUCCAACGUAACACCAAAGGGUCCAUUGCUUAUGGAAACUCGUAUACUUACACUAUACAUUUAUAGAUCAUUACGUUCCCGAGGUUUAUAGCUUAUUCACCGUAAGCUUGCUUUCGAAUUUCAUAAUUGAAAUUUAAAUUAUACUCAUAACUUGUUCAUUUCACAAUACGUAAAGUACAAUACAUAUUGCACUCAAACCCUAAUAUAAAGUAACUUCAGGAAAACUGAAACACAUAACUUGU